CGAACCAGGCCCACUCUCUCAGAGAGAGAGAGAGAGUGUCGCAUAGUGCGUCGAAGAGAGAGAGAGGGAGAAAGAAAAAAAAACGACACGAGAGCGAUUUUGUUUUCCUCCUCCGAGAGGGAAACAUAAAUUGAAAGAAAUUUCCAUGGAGGAAUUGCUGAGUUAGGAGUCUGGCCGGGAGGAUUCAUGGAUUCUGUUUACACGGGAGCGUCUUGUUUCCGUCUGGAACUGGUUCUGUCGUCGUGAAUUUUUUGGAGCUUUUCGAGAGGGUUGUGGGGAGAGUCUGUGGUUUCAUUGUCCGAAACCCUAGGAGAGAGAAAAAAACACACGAAUUAGGUUGUAAGCUUGUCUGAGUUUUGUGCCCUAGGCUUGCAUUCUCCUCAUUCCACGUCCGACUCAGAUUAAUGCCAGGAUUUGAAUUAAUGGGACGGGCGGACUCAUUUGUGCUAAGGUGGAGAUGCAUGGAAGCAUUUUAGGAUUUGUCAUAGUAAAUGCUGAAGUUGAUUUCAUGGGAGGAGUUAUUGACAGUGGAGGUGGUAUUGGGGUCAAAACAUCUCCACGUCAAGCAGCAUUCGAGAAGGCUCAAGCAGAGCUAAGGCAAGAGUAUGAUGUUCGCGAAGAAAGGAGAAGGGAAUUGGAGUUUUUAGAGAAAGGUGGCAAUCCCUUGGAUUUCAAAUUUGGUAAUACAACUUCACAUAGCGUCCAAUCGCCGUCAUCCACCGAUCAGCAGGCAGAUCAAUUAGUAAACAGUGAAGUCAAAGAUAGUUUUGCCCUGACUGCCUCACCACAUGGAGAUUCUGUGGAGAGUGGUGGUAGACCUGGAGUUCCUACAGUUUCAGAACCUAAUACAGCUGAUAAUCUUUUACUAUUUGACGGGGAAAAAGAGUUACUUGAAAGAGAGACAAAUUCGAGAAGUUUUAAUAAGAGAAACAAAGCUGAAUCAGUGAGGUGCUCCCAAGAGAACACCAACCAGAAUGUCAAAGAAACAGAAGAUUCUGCCAUUUUUCGUCCAUAUGCUCGUAGGAAUAGAUCAAAGAUAAAUCGGGAUUCAGCACGACCAAAUUCGACAGAGUUAGCUCAGAGUCGUGGUGGUCUUGUGACGUCUCUCUCAAUUCGUAGAGGAUCAGUGGAUGGAAAGAGUAGCACACCUCAAACGGCUAACCAGAAGAAUAGGCAUAUAACUUCUAUGUCUUGUCCAAGCUCUGCGACUUCAAAUGGUAAUAUCAAUUCGAAAAGUUUAGUUUCCAAUAAUCUAUUAAACUCUGAGGCAGAGGAUCUAUUAGUUGGUCGAGAGAUGAGUGUUAGCACAAGAAGUAGCCCGCUGAAAGAAGAGGCAGAUGUUACAUUAAGGAAAAAUUCUUCUGUUGUGGCAUGUGGAGAGGCUGAACUUGCUGGGGAGAAGGCUCAGGCGGUUCCUGCUAGUACAGAAAUCCAGGCUCACGAAGCUGCAGCAAUAGCUGGGCAAGAAAUUAUGCCUACCCAAUUGAAUGGCCUUGUAGAUUUUAAAGGAGAGAAAAAAAGCUUAGCAAAUACUGCAACUGCAAGGUCAGAAGGGUUAGAUUCAGAAUCUUCUCAUGCUAACAAUGUAGGUGUAGACGUAGAUAAUGAGAAGGAUCUCCAUGGAGUAGACAAAGCUGACAUCAAUGGAAUCUGUAUGCAGCGGACUUUAAGAGUAGAGGGGUUACUAAAUAAUAAUGGCAGUGAAAUGGUGAAUACAAAGAAUGAGAAUGAGGUUUGUGGCACUAUUGCCGGUGUUAACGUGAGGACUUAUGUAGAUGAAAACCAGACAAAAUUGGUCAAAACCGAAAUUCAAAGCCAGAGAAGUACAUCUGAAUUGCAAAAUGAAGAGAAAUGCUCUUCUGAAGCAGAAAGAAAACAAGAAGUUGAUUUGGCUGUAUCUGGAGAUGAUAGGAAAGUCGGUGAUGGUUUAGCUGACAAAUCUAGCAACCAUUUUUACCCUGGAAAGCCUCAGGCAUCAGCAGAAAUCAGCUCUGGUGUAGUUAAUAAGAAUGUAGUUUCAGGAGUUGAUAUUGUAGCAUCAAAAAGACAAACUGAUCCAGAAGGUGGCUCUAUUCUGGUAGAUACCAUGAAGGAGGAUUCGAUACUCGAGGAGGCACGCGUUAUAAAGGCAAAGAGAAAGAAAGUUGCUGAGUUAUCUUUCAGUACAGUACCAGUGGAGGUCCAUAUGAAAUCUCAGUGGGAUUUCGUCCUUGAAGAAAUGACAUGGCUGGCAAAUGAUUUUGCGCAGGAGCGCCUUUGGAAGAUGACUGUUGCUUCCCAAAUCUGCCAUCAAAUUGCCUUUACUUCUCAACUGAUAUCUGAGCAAAGAAUUCAGCAUGGGAAGCUAAAAACGUUAGCUUCUACCCUAGGUAAUGCAAUCCUGUUGUUCUGGAGUUCUGUUGAGCUGCCUGGGGAGGAGAUUGAGGAAACAAGUUUGAUUGAUGCCAAAGUUGAUGCCAAAGGAACUACUGAUAAGGAGAGUAGCACAGAGUUGGGGUGUGAGAGCCAUGGAAAAUGUUCAGCUGCUGGUGUCAUAGAAUAUGCGCGGAGAUUUUUGAAGUAUAACAAUUCUUCUGUCCCCCCUCUACAAGCACCACCACCAUCGACUCCUGACAAUUUGCGUGACCCGGGCAUUUUGGAAACAUCUUGGGAUGAUCAGCUUACAGAAGAAAGCCUCUUUUAUUCAGUCCCCCCUGGUGCAAUGGAGGCUUACCGAAAGUCUAUUGAAUCUCAUCUCACACGAUAUGGGAAAUCUAGAAGUAGCAUACAGGAGGAGGUUGAGACUUCUGAUUAUGAUGCCGCAGGAGAUACAGGAUACAAUGCCAUUGUUUAUGACGACGAUGAAGGAGAAACAAGCACUUAUUAUCUGCCUGGAGCUUUUGAAUGUAUUCAAUCAUCUAAUUUAAGCCGCAAGAAGAGGAAGAACUUGUUGAAGUCAUAUGAUAUUGGAGCUGAUUUACCAUGUGGCAGCUACACAGGUGCAUCCAAUCAACCAACAUUGAUGGGGAAAAGGCCUGCCAGUAAUAUAAAUGUUGGUUCAGUACCGACAAAGCGCAUGCGCACUGCUUCCAGGCAGAGGAUAAUUAGCCCUUUUGGCGGUGCUACAGCUGGAAAUUUACCAGUGCCCUCGAAGACAGAUGCUUCUAGUGGCGACACUGAUUCUUUUCAGGAUGAGCAAAGUAGUUUGCAUGGUGGAUCUGGUGUUCAGAAAGGCACAGAAGUUGAAUCAACUGGGAACUUUGAGAGGCGGUUACCUUAUGACUUGGCUGAAACUUUUGGAAAAUCUAAAAAGAAGAAGAAGGCUCAUCUAGUAGGUUCUGGAUAUGACCAGGCUUGGCAUCUUGAUUCAACAGUCCAUGGUGAACAGAAGGAUCACUGGAAGAAGCGACCAGAGGCUAACCAUUUUGAUAUGAACGGUCUGUAUGGGCCGCAUGGUGCAAAGAAGCAGAAGAUAGCGAAGCAUUCGGCCGGGAAUAAUUUUGACAGUUCUACUCCUGUUAUUGGAUCGAUUCCAUCUCCUGUAGGAUCACAGAUGAGCAAUAUGUCCAACCCCAACAAAUUUAUUAAAUUGAUUGGAGGUCGUGAGAGGGGCAGAAAAAUAAAAGGCCUGAAGAUUUCUUCUGGUCAACAAUGUUCUGGAAAUCCAUGGUCACUAUUUGAAGAUCAGGUGCUUGUUGUUCUGGUGCAUGAUAUGGGCCCUAACUGGGAGCUCAUAAGUGAUGCAAUGAACAGCAAUCUCAAAAUUAAGUAUAUACAUCGCAAUCCAAGUGAAUGCAAGGAACGACAUAAGAAUCUAAUGGAUAGGAAUGCUGGUGAUGAUAGUGUUGAAGACUCGGGAACUUCUCAGCCUUACCCAUCUACACUGCCUGGCAUCCCAAAGGGAAGUGCGAGGCAGUUGUUCCAACGUUUGCAAGGGCCAAUGGAGGAGGAUACCCUCAAAUCCCAUUUUGAGAAGAUUUGUUUGAUUGGGAAGAAGUUCCACUGUCGAGGAACUCAGAACAAUACCCGGGAUCCUAAGCAGAUAGUACCAGUCCACAAUUCUCAAGUUAUGGCUCUAUCUCAAGUAUUCCCAAAUAACCUGAAUGGAAGUGUCCUCACGCCCCUUGAUCUUUGUGAUGCAUCAACUUCAGGACAAGAUGUAUUUACCCUUGAAAAUCCAGGUUUGCCGGUGUUGAACCAGGGAAUGUCAGGUCUCCCAACUUCUGGAGCAAACCCGUGCAUAUCUGGAUCCGGAGCUAUGCUUGGUAAUAACUUGUCAACAACUUCUGGUCCACCCAGUGCUCCUAUUAGGGAUGGUAGAUUCAAUGUUCCUAGAGGAUCUUUGCCACUUGAGGAGCAACACCGUCUCCAAUAUAAUCAGAUGUUAUCUGGCAGAAACCCGCAGCAGCAGCCUACCUUGCCAACUGCUGGGGCUGUUCCUAGACCUGACCGUGGACACCGCAUGGUACCGCCUGGUGGAAACGCCAUGGGAGGAAGCAGGGGCACACCAUUGUCAAGGCCCGGUUUUCAGGGAAUGGGUUCGCCAAGCAUGCCUAGCUCUGGUAGCAUGCUUUCCUCUGGUAUGGCCGGAAUGCCGAGCACUGGAAAUAUUCACUCUGGAGUGGGCCCUUCUCAAGGGAACUCUACGUUGAGGCCUCGUGAAGCUAUGCAGCAUAUGAUGCGGAUGCAGGCUGCACAAGGGAACGGUCAGGGGAUCCCGGCUUUCAGUGGUUUGAGCGCUGGUUUUACCAACCAGACAACUCCUCCUGUUCAGACCUAUCCAGGCCAUCUUUCUCAGCCGCCACACGUACUUGGGAACACACAUCAUCCUCAUCUCCAGAACCCUAGCCAUGCAACUGGAGCACAACAAGCAUUUGCAUCCCGUCAAAGGCAAAUGCAUCAGCGGUGUAUGCAGCAACAGCAGCAGUUUCCAGCAUCUGGAGCUGCGAUGUCACAUGGAUCACCCCAACCUCAAGUUCCUCCGAUAUCUUCUUCCCCGCAAAACAGUCCUCUAAUGCAAUCGUCGCUUGUCUCAUCUCAACCACUAUCGAUGCCUCCAGCAACGACAUCUCCUAUUAUGACAGCCACAGGGCAACAAACCCCACAGAAGCCUCAAUUGCCGCCUCAUGCUUUGGGUCGGAAUCCUCAAUCUGGUGUUUCUGGAGCUAACAGUCAAGCUGGAAAGCAGCGGCAUCGCCAACUCCAGCAGCAGUUCCAGCAGUCUGGAAGACAGCAUCCACACCAGCGGCAACCAACUCAAGGUCAGCAACCAAAUAAGCUCUUGAAGGGAAUGGGGAGAGGGAACAUGAUGCAACAGAGCAUCUCUGUUGACCCAUCAAACCUGAAUGGUCUUACAAUGGCCCCGGGAAUGCAGAUUAUUGAAAAGAGAGAAACCGCGGUUCCAUCUAUUCCCUCUCAGCCAUCCAUCACGGGGACCAACACAGGCACACAUCAACAGUCUAAACCACUGGUUCCUUCGCAAUCUUCAAAUCUUUCUCAUCCGCAGCCAAAAGCGUUUCCAAGUACUCCAUCUCCUUCUUCUCAACCGGUUCAACCAAUGCGUGUGCAUGCAGAUAAUAGCAUCCAAGGCCAGGUUUCACCAUUGGUGGCGGGUAACUCCUUAUCCACAUCUGGCCCUUCCGUUUCAAUGACAGCCACACCUUCCAACCAUCAGCAUUUGCUGCAACACCAGAAGCAGGGAAAUCAAGCUGCUCAGAAAAUCCUCCAACAUAAUCACCUGGGGAACUCUGACUUGUCAGGGAAAUCAAAAACUGUACGUACCCCGGGUGAUCCACAGUCGGUAAACAAUAUCAACCCGAUGUUAAAUACGAGUGCAACAAAGGGUGUCACGCCUCAGCCUAGUAUAGACUCCACUAACAUUAGAGCUGCUGUUUCUGUUUCUCCUGCUACCGAUUCUCCCCCAAAGGCAUCAGAAACACCUUUGUCUGAUUCCUCUGUGCAAAACACUGCAACAUCUAAAGUAGUUAGCAGCUCUCUUACGGAUUCAGUUGGGAGUGAUGCAGUGCCAAUGUCCGGUCAAGGAAUAGGUCAGCAACACUUUCAUGGGCUUAACGCCAGGACGCAGAAACCACAGCAAAGGCAGUUGUCUGAGCAGCAGCAGCAGCAGCAGCAGCCAGUACAAAAUCAGAAACAUCUUCCUGCUGCUGGAAAACCACAGCCCGAGCAGAACUCGCUGUUACAGGCAGCGGAAGAAAACACAUGCUCGGGGCCUCCGGACACAAAAGUAGAAUGAGGGUGAACAGCGAUGAUCCAAGUAGCUCAAGUAGCGGUAGAUCGUCCGAGGGCAUUUGCUUGCCCAUUGGACAAAAUUGUACAGGUACACUACCAAUGAUCAAAUCUCUGUCCCCAACAUCCCUGAGACUAACACGAGCAAAGCAAAUGCUAAAAACCUUUGCAGAUGGAGAAAGCUAAUUGGCAAAGAGGGGCAGCAGAUGAUGGGAGAAGGUGAUGAUGAUUCUUGCUGGUCUUUUUUGCCUUCCUUUUUUUUAACAUAGAGAGAAGGACUCAAACAUCAUAUAUAUUUUCCCUUCACCAUCAAUGUAAAUUACCACUUUGGCGCCAUCUUCCCCCCUUUUGGUCUAGGGAGAGUAGAGAAAACAGUUAUAGAGUCGUGUCUUGUACAGGAAACACUCUCCAUCUUUUUUCUUACUUCCUUAGGGUUAGGUUUUCAUGUGUUAAUUGUUUCUCACCCCCUCUUCCAAUUGGAAAAAAAAAAUUAUUAAGGGAAGAAAAAUGGUUUCCCCAAAA